CGGCUGGCCGCACCCAGGGCAGGGACGCAGGGGAAGGUCAUCCCUGCCUCGCCUUCCCAGAACCAGCUUCCGCCCCGCCUGCCAGGACCCGCGGGUUCCGGGAAGCCCCCUCCCCGACCCUGCCCCUCGGUCUGGGGGAGAAAGGUGCAGCCCUGGGGGCGGGGGUAAGGGCCACCCUGGGGUGGGUCCUGGGAUGACACGUUUGGAUGGGCACUUCUUAGACCCAGCUUCUUGGGGGGAGAGGCCGUGAGGAGCACUGGGGUCAGCUGGGAACACUUCACCACCUCCAGAUUCCUUCCCCUAGGCUUCUUUGUUCCAUAAGUACAGGUGACCUGGACUUUUCCCUGACCCCGACCUCCCUCCCCCACAUUAAUUAAAGCCUCAGCCUGAACUCUGGCUCACUGAUGCCUGGUACAUAGUAGGUGCUCAAUAAAUAUGAAUGAGUGAAUGAAUGAAUGAAACAGGGAAGUUCUACAGGUGAACUGCAGUCAGUUUGCUUAUGUGAGGCCUGUGAUCAACUGGGGAGUGUCUAUGGUCAGUUCAUGGUGGCAGGCAGAAAACCCCAGGCCACAGGCACCCAAAUAAGGCAGGUGCACCCUUGCUCCAAGACCCUAAGGUGUGUUAGGGUGAGGGGUUGGCCCUUUGAAAUUCAGGGGGUUCAGGGCCAGGUCAUGGAGGAGUCGGGGUUCUAGGAUGCCUCCUUCCUGCCAACAGGAGCUGGGCAGGCCGGGCCGACAGGUUGGGUGGCAUAGCCGAGCUCACACUCACCUCCAGCAUAAAACCCCACUUCAUGGAGGCUGGCACCUCACUCUAGUGCUCCAGAAGAUACCACGACUGCUGUCCCCCAGCCAGUGCCCCAGCCAGGCCUGAGAUCAUGAGGCGGCCACCAGCUGUGGCCUUGCUCCUGCUGCUCCUGCUGCGGUUUGGGACUCAGAGGAUCAAAGCAUUGAGCGUCUGCGGGCGCCCAAGGAUGCUGAACCGGAUGGUGGGUGGGCAGGAUGCCUUGAACGGCGAGUGGCCAUGGCAGGUCAGCAUCCAGCGAAACGGAAGCCACUUCUGUGGGGGCAGCCUCAUCACAGAGCAGUGGGUCCUCACUGCAGCUCACUGCUUCUCCAACACAUCUGAAACAUCCCUGUACCAGGUCCUGCUGGGGGCACGGCAGUUGGUGAAGCCAGGGCCACAUGCCACAUAUGCACGAGUGAAGCGGGUGGAAAGCAACCCCCUGUACCAGGGCAUGGCCUCCAGUGCCGAUGUGGCCCUGGUGGAGUUGGAGGCACCUGUAACCUUCACCAAUUAUAUCCUCCCUGUGUGCAUGCCUGACCCUUCAGUCAUCUUUGAGUCGGGCAUGAAAUGCUGGGUCACUGGCUGGGGCAGCCCCAGUGAGCAAGACCGCUUGCCCAAUCCUCGAAUCCUGCAAAAACUCACUGUGCCCAUCAUUGACACGCCCAAGUGUAACCUACUCUACAGUAAAGAUGCUGAGUCUGGCUUUCAGCUGAAAACCAUCAAGGACGACAUGCUGUGUGCUGGCUUUGCUGAGGGCAAGAAGGAUGCCUGCAAGGGUGACUCGGGGGGCCCUCUGGUGUGCCUCGUGGGCCAGUCGUGGCUACAGGCUGGGGUGAUCAGCUGGGGUGAGGGUUGUGCCCGCCGGAACCGCCCAGGUGUCUACAUCCGUGUUACCUCCCACUAUAACUGGAUCCAUCAGAUCAUCCCAGAACUGCAGUUUCAGCAGGCCAGAUCGGGUGGCCAGAAGCAUGGCCUUCGGGUCCAGCAGCCCCUUGACCAGAACUUUGCGCCCUGCCUGGCGGCCCACACCAUCCUCCUGGUCCUCACAGCCCUGCUCACCUGCUUCUGAGCCCUGCCCAGGCAGGUGGGCGAGUGUAGCCCUGGAGCCCACGUGUACAUUUGUAAAUAGCUCUCUGAUUCUCUCUUCUCUCAAAUGCCCAGUUAUUUUUAUUUAUGUUCACCCUCCAAUAAAAACCCUACCUCA